GCAGCAGUACUGAAAACAUUUAUAAGGCAUCUGUAUAACUGCAAAUUACACAGAGAGCGAUAAAAGAAUGUACACUACAAUUUUAUAAUUAUAAACAUGAAAUAAAAUAUCCAAAGCAGUUUUGAAAGUGAACCAAUUUGCGCCACUUAUACUCUUGACUCCAAUAUUACUAUAAAGCUAUAGUAAUCAAGAUAAUAUGGUACUGCAAAAAGAAUAAACAAUUGGAUCAAUGAACAAAUUCGAGGAUCCCAAAAUAGGCAUUUUACUUUCAGCAUCCAAGUCCAUAAGAAAUUUAGAAGAUGACAUGGUAUUUAAUACAUUCAGGCUGGGGAAAGCUUUUCAGAAGGAUGAUACUCCUCAAAAAUCAGUCGUCGUUCCUUCUCUGGAACAAUAUAAAAAUGAUGAGAGCAGUUUCAUGAACGAUGAGGAAAACAAAAAUUCAAAGAACACAGGCUCCAAACAUAAUUUCUUAAAUCAUGGUCUGCCACUGAAUCUGGCUAUAAAACCUUAUCUGGCACUAAAAGGAUCUGUAGCUUUUCCAGCUGAGAAUGGAGUUCAGAAUACUGAAUCAACACAAGAAAAGAGAGAAAUUGGGGAUGAAGAAAACUCAGCUAAAUUUCCUAUAGGAAGGAGAGAUUUUGACAUGCUCAGGUGCAUGCUGGGGAGAGUCUAUCGACCUUGUUGGCAAGUCUGAAACCUGCUGGACCACAUCUUUCCUGAAGAAAACAAAAUCAUUUAAUUGUCUGUCCAGGAAAAAGCC